AGUUCUCUCUCUGCGGGGCUCCGAUUUCUGAAUUAAACAUGGCCAGGAAGAAGAUCAGAGAGUACGACUCCAAGAGGCUUCUCAAGGAGCACCUCAAGAGGCUCGCUGGCAUCGAUCUCCAGAUCUGCUCAGCUCAGGUUACUGAGGCAACGGACUUUGCUGAGCUAACAAACAAAGAACCAUGGCUUUCAUCCACUAGAUUGGUUGUGAAACCUGACAUGUUGUUUGGAAAGCGUGGGAAGAGUGGCUUGGUUGCAUUGAAUUUGGAUCUGGCUCAAGUUGCUGAAUUUGUGAAAGCACGACUUGGUGUUGAGGUUGAGAUGGGUGGUUGCAAGGCACCAAUUACCACUUUUAUUGUCGAACCGUUUGUUCCCCAUGACCAAGAGUAUUACCUUUCGAUUGUAUCUGAUAGGCUUGGCUGCACUAUUAGCUUUUCAGAAUGUGGUGGUAUUGAAAUUGAAGAGAACUGGGAUAAGGUGAAGACUAUUAAUCUUCCAACUGAAAAGCCUAUGACACCUAAGACAUGUGCUCCAUUGAUUGCCACUCUUCCCCUGGAGGUUCGAGGGAAAAUUGGUGACUUCAUAAAGGGUGUGUUUGCUGUAUUUCAAGAUCUUGACUUCAGUUUCCUAGAGAUGAACCCAUUUACCCUGGUGAAUGGGGAACCAUACCCACUGGAUAUGAGGGGAGAAUUGGAUGAUACUGCUGCUUUUAAAAACUUCAAGACGUGGGGCAAUAUUGAGUUUCCGCUGCCUUUUGGAAGAGUACUAAGCCCCACAGAGGGCUACAUUCACUUGUUGGAUGAAAAGACAAGUGCAUCUUUGAAGUUCACUGUUUUGAACCCCAAAGGACGCAUCUGGACUAUGGUAGCUGGAGGUGGUGCAAGUGUUAUAUAUGCCGAUACUGUUGGAGAUUUGGGUUAUGCGUCAGAGCUUGGUAACUAUGCAGAGUAUAGUGGAGCUCCGAAUGAGGAAGAGGUGUUGCAAUAUGCCAGAGUUGUUCUUGAUUGUGCUACUGCUGACCCUGAUGGCCGUAAGAGAGCCCUUCUCAUUGGAGGGGGUAUUGCUAACUUCACUGAUGUUGCUGCCACUUUCAAUGGGAUAAUCCGGGCUCUGAAGGAGAAGGAAUCCAAAUUAAAAGCCUCCAGAAUGCACAUCUAUGUUCGAAGAGGUGGUCCUAACUAUCAGACUGGCUUGGCAAGGAUGCGUGCCUUGGGAGAGGAACUGGGAAUCCCUCUUGAGGUUUAUGGGCCUGAGGCAACAAUGACCGGGAUUUGCAAGCAGGCAAUUGAUUGCAUCAUGUCUACUGCCUAAUAUCCCACCAUUCUCGAUUCUCCUUCCUGGACAUUUACUCAGACAAUAAUUUAGUGUGAGGCUCCCAUCAAGGCAUAAGCUAGAUUGGAUUGUUGUGAACUAUGAGGUUGCUGAAUUCUUGUUAAAGUAAAACUGAAACAAUUUUCUGCAAUAAUCACCCCAUAUUUGUAGCUCAAUCUGUUAGUUUUUGUGUCAACUUCUAAUUCGUUAGACUAGCAAAGAUCAGUGGUUUCAA